CGGAGGGCGGGGCGUGCGGCUGUGCUCCGAGCAUGCUCCACCGGGUAGUAGCAGGCGGGGUGGCUCGUGCUGGUCCCCGGCCGGCCGAAGCGGCAGCGGCUGCGGCGCGGGACAGUAUGCGGGAACCCGUCGUGAUGGGUCCUGCCACCAUGAUGGUUCAAGCUUGUGAGGUUUGAUGAUGCUGCACCAUGUACAGUGUGGAAGAUCUCCUGAUUUCUCAUGGAUACAAGCCAGCCCGAGAUGCCACAGCACCACAUGAGGACAAGUCAGAGCGAUGCAGGUCAACAAGGACAGGCCCCCGAGCUGGCCAAGGCCUAUUGAAUGGGUACAAGGAUGGCCCUACAGCCCAUGCCCACAGUAGGACAUCCCUGGGGACAGGACACGUGAGCAACUCUAAAGACCGCAGCAGCAAGCCAAGAGGCCACAGGGAGCCCCAGAGCACCGCUAGAACUCCUGAGGCGGGGUUUUUAAAUCACCCUUCCUUAGCAUGGUCCUCUCAGCCGCAAAGUAAUAGAGACCACAUCUACUGGAGCAGAGGAAGACAGGAGGGCAGUGGCUCCCUGUGUCCCACGAACCGGAAGGAACUGGCGAUCAGAGGAAUGGCUCAGGCUCACAGUCUGCCCAUCCAUGUGAGAGAGAGUCCAUGGGAAGUUGCAGGAAGGACAGAGCAUGUGAUGAAGAAUGCUGUUUGGGAAGAAGAGCUGAGAAUGCAGGAUGUGAGCUUGGAAAGCUGGAAGCAGCCGAGGGAGUUAGGGAGGCAGGCAUCUGAUACUGAUGGACAGAAGGGGUCUCAGGAAAGGUUCGAGGGUCUGUACCAGUUUGUUCAUGGAGAGCACGUGCCGGCAUCUCAGAACAAAAAGAAAUCUCAGUCAUUGCCUGGAGCUCUUUCUCCUAAGAGUCUAAAUUUCACAGAAAUUCCUGUUCCACUACACGAUGGUCACACAACAGGUGUCCCAAAAGUGCCACCAUAUCCUCCCAGCUUCCCACCACCUUUGGAACCCACGAGGAACCUUGAGAAGGCUAGCUUCUCAGGCCCUUUUCCCAGGCCUAAGUUUGGGAAACCCCUUAAGACUCCAUGCUAUGGCUCUCACUCACAGCCCAGGGGAGAAGGUGGAUUUCAGGACCACCAGCACAGGGACCCACGUGGCUCCUACCCAACAAGAAGUAAGGAUCCCAGCCAUGAGUUGGGUAUGCUGGACACUGGCUUGGAGCCCCCAAUGUAUGUGCCUCCACCUUCAUACAGGUCACCCCCUCAGCACAUUCCAAACCCCUACCUUGAAGAUCCUGUGCCCACGCAUGUGAGCAGCCACCAGAGUCAGCAGCAACUACCUGAGAAACCUGAGGGCAGCUGUCCACUUCCUUCUGGCUCCCUUGCAGCUAGGGAUCUCUAUGAUGCAAUGCCUGGCUCUCCUCCUCAAGGUCUUCCUCCACAGCCCUAUCCUGUUGCCACCCAUGGGGGUUCUAUUCAGUACAUUCCAUUUGAUGAUCCACGGAUCCGACAUAUCAAACUAGCUCAGCCCCCAGAAUUCUAUAAAGAGGCAAAGCUUGAUGACACGCCCUAUAACUCUGGUCUCAUCACUAAGCAAGAGCCAGCUGUUGGAGAAAGACAGUACGGUGAUGUCUUUUCAACACCGUGGGGCCCAACACCUCCACCAGUCAACCAGCGGGGCUCGGCCUUGGUCCAUUCCAGUCCCCGGUGGCUGCAGGGUCAGCAACCCAUGGGCAUUGAACCUGGAGGCUUCCAUGGCCAAACAGAGCAUCAUAUCAUGAGAAGAUUAGCAACUGAUGUGAGAGACAGCAAGGCAGAAAGCCAUGCCUCUUCACCACAGCCACAGAGUGAAGGCACCUGCAAAACCUACACUAAGCUCAGAAAGUUUGAAACUGGGGUUCAGAGCAAGAAAAGUUCAAAGAAAAGUAACGCAACCAUAUUUUGUUUGGUUUCUGUCCCAGUUAAAUCUGAGUCACUUGUGCCAGAUACAGACACAAACAACAAUGACUUAAAGCUGGAAGCUGCUAAGACCCACGGGCGGUGCCAGGGUCCAGCCCUGGAGGAGCAGAGGCUGCUGAGUAUGUCUUCCACCGACCUGGAGCUGCAAGCCCUCAUGGGAAACAUGGCUUGGAGAAGAACAUCCCCAAGGCAAGGUCUGGGGGAGUCAGAAGAUGGCCAAACCGAUGACCCCAGAAUUCUCCAUCUCAUCAAACCCAGAGAACUUCUGGCUUCAGGCUUAUGGCCAGGACACCAGUACAGAGAUCAGCAGACCCAAACCAGUUUCCCUGAAGACUCCAAAAGCUCACAGCUCCUCCCUGCCACAAAGCCAGGAGAGGCCAGCAACGCAGCACCGACCCCAACAGGCCCAGAUACCACUGCCUCUGAAGCACACCUGCAGGAGGCCUUAGCAUUCAGUGACCAAAAUCAGAAGGCCAGCGUACCUCACCUCCGAGGGCAAAUGUCCCUCAGCCCAUCGCGAAACAGUGCUUUCUCAAGGACUUCCUCAGCCAUAAGCCAGGCAUCUCUGCCCAAAGGGGCCCCUGCCCAGCUCCCUAGUGCCAACCCUGUACCCAAGCCAGAGGUGGUGAAGGGGGAAUCCACAACAGGCCAAUGCAACAGCACACAACUCUUUGGUCAGUUUCUCUUGAAACCAGUUAGCCGGCGGCCCUGGGAUCUGAUAAGUCAGUUAGAAAGUUUUAACAAGGAGCUUCAGGAAGAGGAAGAAAGCCGUGGGGCUAGCGGUAGCGAGGAUGGUGAGGCAGAACAGCCAGAGGGCUGUGAUGACUCCAGAGCCAAAACUUGGGACCACCAGGAAAGCAGAAUAGAGUGGCAGCCUGCAGGGCUGGCACUGGAGGACGCAGCUUCCCCGCAUGGGAGAAUUCACGAGUCACAGAGCUGGACUGAAGAACUGAAACCUGGCUACCCAGGUGCCCAUCCACAGUCCCUGGGCCCAUCACAGGAGGAAGGCAGCAGAGGUGGUCCAGUCCAGUGGGCAGAUAGAAACCUGACUGCAGAGCAGAAGAGCCAGGAGGUUUUGAAUGGGAUGUGUGAGCGAGACAUUAGCCCAAGACCUGUGAGCAGGAUUGCUCCCAUUGACACAAAAGCAGCCCCUUUGUUCUGCCUGGCAGAACCCCGAGGAAGUCAAGAGCUCACCAAAGUCAGCGAUGCUUUAGGGUCUGUGCAGCUGGGCAGAGAGACUCCCACAAAGGUGGAUAGUGGUGGGGACACAGAGGUCCUACCCUGUGUGCUGCUGCCCCUUGCUGACAAAUACCAAGGCCUCUCAACACCAGACUUUCGGUCUUUAGAGCUCACACUAGGACAAGAGCAGAGUGCCUAUAAAUCAGAGUGUCUGGGUUUAGAGAACACCAUGGAAGUCCUUCCAAGUGAGUCUCUGCAGGAAAGGGCAGAGAGGAUCCUGGGUAUCGAGGUGGCCAUGGAGUCCCUUCUGCCAGGUGCCAGGAGAACAGAACAGAGCCAGCUCCCUGAGCCUGACGCAAGUGCCUGCGGCCCAAGGUCAUCCAGAGAGGACUCAUCGCCCAGCUUGGCACCACCAGGGAGCCUUACAGUGGCCACAGAUGCCUUCUAUGGCAGGAGGAAGUGUGGCUGGACUGAGAGUCCCCUUUUUGUAGGAGAAAGGGCCCCCCAGGCUUCUGUUUCCUCAGAUGUGGAUGGCUUCCCUGCAAGCCAGGCCACCAGUCCUGAGCCUGGGCAAAAGGAUGAGGAGGCGAAACCACCCUUCAAGUCCACUCUGUUCCACUUCAUGGAAAAGUCCACAAAUGUGGUGGACCCUGAAAAAAGUCUCAGAAACCCUUCCAAAGAGAUGGAGAGCUUACAAGAUAAACUGGUAUCACCCCCCAAAAGGGCAGACUCGGUUCGCUUGAUGAGAAUGAGGGAGGUAAAGUCCUUGUCUCAGAUGGGGUGUCUGAGCUCCAAGAGUGCUGACUCCAUGGAGGAGCCUGAUCCCUUAGAGGUCAUCAAGAGUCCAGCCCAGCUGCCAGAAGGUCUUACUUCCCUGAGUGGGAAAGACCAGGCCUGGCAAUCAGGGCACCUGCCCCCUGUCCCUCAGGAUGAAAAUGGACACCCUGAAGUGCCAAGGGAGAAGAUGUCAGACCAGGACUUGUGGUGUGCAGAUGCCUACGAUCCCAGUCGUGUGGAGAGGGUGUGAUGGUUGCAGGUGGAGCCCCCACCGCCUGCUAGCCAAGUGCUCUCUGCUUGGCCCACCUGUCUUGCUCAGGCUAAAGCUGGAAACUGUAGGGUUUGCAGUGUCCCGACUCCUCCUUUGCCUGCCACCCCUACAGAAUUGUUAUGGAGAUAAAGCGGUGGCCUGCUGAUGCCAUCUGUCUCUAUAGCAUGGACAUGUAGUUCCUAUAUUUAGAGCAGAGUAUUGACAUCAAUUCCCUUCCGGGUGGAUUAGGCCAAGCUGGUAAAUAGCUUGGUGUAAAUCUGGGGUUAGGUGAAAAUCAAACAGGGAAGCAGUGGGUGGUUUUGACUGUACCCUGAUCUCAUCCAUUCCCUGCUGCAUCUCCCAGCCCUUGCUUGGGUUUAGGAACAUGGCCUAGGAGUUGGGACACUUACAGUGUAAGGGGAAUGUGUGUGAGUGAGUGCGUGAGUGCGUGAGUGAGUGAGUGAGUGAGUGAGUGAGUGAGUAAGGAUGACCCAUUUUUAUUACUAAACCUUUGGCAGCUUGGGGUAACGUGUGAGUUAACUGCUGUGAAACUCACAAUUGCUUCCGUGGUGUUCCCAAAGGGUCACACUCGCUGUAACUUACCCACGAGGUGGUCCACUUGGCAUCAAGGCAAAUGUGCUAUGCUCGCUCUUCUUUGCACUCAGUCUUCCCUAGGUUUUACCUUCUGUGUGAAUGUUUAGAUAUUCUUUAUAUGAAAAUAAUUGCUGGUUUAAAAUAGACCAUGUUAACAAAGUAACUAUAUUUCUUUUUAUAAAAUUGCUAUUUUUCUAUGAUGUAUAAACAGUUCUUAGGUGGCAGAUUUUUAAGGAAGUGCUAUUUUAUUUAAGAGUCUAUCCCUGUGUGUGUGAGGGACCCAAGAGGGCCCACCUUGGCUCCAAAGCCCGUGUCCCUGCUCCAGCUUCAGCUCUGUUCCUUUUCACUGUGUUUCACAGUGUCAUCAAAAACCAAUCACAUGUUCAUUAACUCUCAGAAAGAUAUUUGCACAGACAGAGCUGUGAGAUUACAUUUGAAGAUACCACUCUCAAAAUCAGCCAACAACUUCACGGUCAUUUUACAUCCAUGUCCACUAGACUUGCCAAACCCCCAUACUUCUGUCUUUGUAUUCCUAUGGGGAAAUCUGCCAAAAGAAGAGACGUUUCUCCUGCCUACCGCCUUGCUCCUUUAAAGAAACAUAUAUUUUUUGUCUAGAAUGACUAGUUAAUCUUGCAUAUUCUGAAAAGCGCUUGGGAACAGUACCUAGGUGGCAUUCUAUGUGCGCGCACCAUGGCGGAAGUAUAAAGCCCGUGCUUCCACUGUUAUAUAUGCCUGCAUAGUUCCUGUAUUUUGUGGCAUUUCACUCUUCUGCCUGAGGAAGGUUUUCUUGUUAGCUAACAUUUUCCAAAGCCUUUGUCCUCUUCCUUCCCCAUCUUACGUCUUUCCCUGUCCUUUCCUUCUCCUCACCCCCCCACCUCUCUUUCUCUUAAUUUUUUGAGACAUUUAGUUAACCUAUCUUCUGACAUGCAAAUUCCUGCAGUGUGAGCCCAUGGCUGGUCAGUCCUCUGGGCCUAAGCUCAAACAGGACUUUCACAGUCUCUUAUCUACACCAUAUCAUUUUUUUUUCCUAAGAACCUCACAUGCACUGACUGGACUACACAAAGCAGAGUCCAAGUAGUCUCCACACACCAUCCCAGGUGCACACACCUGCAGUCUUGAUUCACACCUUUCUCAUGGUCGUCCUUGUCCAGAGCUUGGCCCUCGUGGGAAAGGGUGUAGCUGUGGAUCUCCCUGGGGCAGUGGACAAGCAGGUUGGUGGUUUGCAAUGGUAGUUGAACCAUCUGCUAGGGGCCAGUGAAGGCUAAAGUAUACUGGUCUCUGGGGCUGUACUUCCCUCCUUAAUAGAAAGCGAAAGCGGACGUGUGCGUGUGUACACGUGUGAAGACCCAGUGCACGCCUGUGUACCUGUGUGCGCGGUGAUGCUGUGCUUCUCCCUGUCAAAUCACCUGGUACCGUCUGAAGACUUUAGGAGAGAGAGAAGGAUCCUGAAGGGAAACUGUUGUGCCUUAUGUAUCUCAGUCUGAAACAAGCUGCGCUUCCAUUUUGUCUUGUUUGAGAUCGCAUCGUACUUCCCCAAAGCUGGUCAGUCACAUAGUGAAUAUUAUAAUUUUACCUUAAUUUUUCCAUAUUCUAGCCCAUAAGCAAAUCUUUUGGAAGGAAGUAGUAACAUUAACCUUAGAAACUUAAAAUUUUGACCUGUAACUUUUCAUAUUCGUAGGUAAUAUAUAUCUGACCAAAAAUCAUAUUUUGCUAAGGUCUUAAGGCCAAUAUAAACCACCAUUCCCUAUGUAAAUUUCAUAUGUGCCCAUGACUUUUGAUGAAAAAGGUCUUCCAUAUUCUGUGUUUGUAAUUAUUUUUCUCAUUACACAUAUUGGUAUUCAAUAAUUUGGAGUUUGUGAAAUUAAAAAUUCUAAUUUCAACCAUUUGAGCUAAAAAGUAUAGGAGGAAUUGUGCCUGUGGUUGGUUUGGAACUUACAGACAUGAUAGGGAAGUGGUUGUCUUUGGCCUCUUUGGGGGAAACUUCCUGAAGGAAUGAAAAAUGAGAUCUUACUUAUUCUUAUGAAUACUUACACAUUCAGUUGUGUUUCUAUAAGCCUGGGAACCCUCUGAGGAUACAGCCAGCUCCUGGAAGGGACCAUCAGAGUUAUUCCAUAAUUAUAAACACUUAUUUCCUUUAUUAAUAAAGACUCUGAAUGUGCAUCA